AUGUCAACCAUACCUACAAUAUCAACAACAAUAACUACAAAAAAGGAGAAAAAUGAAGAACAAUUUGAACUUGAACAACAAUUUGUUCUUCGAAUGCCAUCAGGUGAAUAUGCAACACGUUUACGUGAGUUGAUAGAUUCUGGUGAUGAAAAAAUUCGUGAACGUCUUUUUAUUGAUUUAAAUCCUGAACGAAGACGUGGUCGUGUUAAAUUUGAUGAUACUGUUUUUAAAGCUACCCUCUAUGAUUUACCAUGUAUAAUAGAAACAUAUAAAACAUUUGAUCGAAAAACUUUAUAUAAAAUAGCUGAUAUUGCUCAAAUUCUUGUUUGUCAAUUACCGGGUGAUCUUAGUUCAAGUGAUGAUGAUGAUGAUGAUGAUGAUGAUGAAACAAUGAAACGACUAAAGACAAAUGCAAAAACAAUAUCUGAUGAUGGAAAUGAGAAAAAAAAGAAAGAUAAAGAUAAAGAAAUAAAAUUUCAAUGGCCACAUGGAUUAACACCACCAUUAAAAAAUGUACGAAAACGACGUUUUCGUAAAGUAGCUCGACAAAAAACUCAAGAUCGAGAUGAAAUGGAACAAGAAGUAAGACGUUUAUUUCGAGCUGAUAAUGAAGCAAUUGAUGUUAAAUGGGAAGUAAUUGAUGAUGAUCAAGAAAUAGAAGUUAAUAAAUCAAUAGAAAAAUAUCUGCUUGAACAUACUGAUCUAUUUGGUGGUGAUGUUAGUGAAUCAGAUGAAGAAGAAACAUCACAAAAAGGUUUGUCAUAGAUUAACUGAUUUCAAAUAAAAGUCGGAUAAACAGACGAAAUAGAUCUACGGAUCAGAAUAUCGAUCAGAAAAUAUCACAGGAUGGUUUUCUUCGUUCUACCUUUUCAUUCUAUAGGACAUUUUCACUCACUCAUCCUGUUCUGAAAGACGUAGGAUAGGACAUCAAAAAGUUCGUUCUUGAAGGACACAUCUUGCAAGACAAAGGAGCCUCCUGCAAGAUAAUCUUUUUGUUACUUUUUUCAAAAGGAUAUUAAUCUUGUUUAUAUAUCCCCCUGGUCAAAAUAAACUAAACACCUCAUUUUGAUGCUUUUCUCCUCUUUACAAUUGUCGUUGAACCUCAUUUUUAUAACACAGAUACAUCUUUGAUUACUUGAUUUUUUCUGAAAAUUACAACCUUAUAGGAUGAGAAUCCGUUGAAAAAAACGUAAUUAUAUCUCAUGUACUGUUGUAGCAAUGAAACGAAAAUCUAUUGUUUUCUUGCUGAAUUUUGCCCUUUUCCUGUUUCCAAUAACAAUAGCUUUUGAUGAACACAUCCGCUUCUUCGUACUUUUUCAAAGCGUUUUGUGAAGAGAUUUAUCCAAAAAAGCUUGUAAUAGUGAGAAUGAGACCAGAAAAACCUAAUGUAUACGGCAAAAGUUGAUUUUACAGGACAGAGAAAAAAAUCAAAAUUCAGCAAGAAAACAACAGAUUUUCGUUUCACGGCUACAUGAGUACAUGCGAUAUAAGUACAUUUUUCUCCACGGAUUCUCAUCCUAUAAGGCUGUAAUUUUCGGAAAAAGUUAAGUAAUCAAAGAUGUAUCCGUGUUAUAAAAAUGAGGUUCAACGACAAUUGUAAAGAGGAGAAAAGGAUCAAAACAAGGUGUUUAGUUUAUUUUGACCAGGGGGAUAUAUAAGAUAUGAUGUCAAGUAUCAUAGACCCUUUAUUGAUACAAAAAAAAAUCAUUUAACGGGUGUCCCAGAAAGAAUGGGCCUCUUAGUAUUUUUAAGAUUUCUUCUCUAUUAUCGCUGCAAUUAAAGCUCUCUUUUCCAUCAAAAGAUAGCGUUUAAAAUUCUCUACAAAACCAUACGUGAGUUGGCCCAAAAACUGUCUUAGAUACAUUUGAAAAAAGAUGAAAACUAAAGAGAUACAAACGGCUGUAAAAUUUAAAUGUCACCGAUAAUAAACUGCAGCACUUUGUAUUUGAUAUUGUAAUCUCUAAGUAGGUUUUAUUAAAAAAGCAAAAUACGAUAAGAUGCAGAAUGAAAAGCUAUACAAUGUACUAACUAAAUUUUUUUUUAAUUAUAUACUUUUUGUUUUCAAAAAAAAGCAAAACUCUGUGCGACGGAUUUUCGCCGUUGCGAAAACCGAUCAUACAGAAUUUGGAGUUAUUCUCAACCUAAAAAUGACAGAAAUAAGAUAAAUUGUUCUUUGUAAAUUAUAGAGCUAUUGACGCUGCAUCUUGUGAUGUAUUUUGAUUUUUUUAGGAACUAUAUUAGAUGGUAAAAAGAUAAAAUAAGAAAAAGAAUUUUCGCUCGUGUAAAAAAAAAGGAUUUUUUUCACAAUGGCGAAAAUUGGUUGUACAAAAAAUUUUCCUUUUUUUAUAAACAAAAUAUAUACAAUUAAAAUAGACUUUAGUUUUUAGAUUGUAGAGAUUUUUAUCCUGCACCUGGUGGUGUAUUUUGUUUUUUUAAUAAAACCUAUUUAGAGAUUAAAAUAUGAAAUGCAAAGUGCGGCAAUUUAUUAUGUAACAUUCGUUAUUAAUAUUUUACAGUUUUUCGUAUGUUUUUAGUUUUCGUCUUUUUUCGAAUAUAUCUAAGACAGAUUUUGGGCCAACUCACAUAUGAUUUUGUAGAAAAUUUCAAGCGCUAUCUUUUAAUAAUAAAGAAAGCUUUAAUUACACGGACAAUAGUGAAGAAAUCUUAAAAAUGCCGAGAGGUCCAUUCUUUCUGGGACACCCGUUACAAUAAUCAUGUUAAUAGGUCUUAUCAAAUGUUGUCCAGCAGAAAUAAAAUAAACAAUAAGAAAAAAAUAUUUGGCAUUCAUAAGAAGAGUAAAACAAUAAUAAAACAAACAUAAAGAUACAAGAUUCAAAAUGUAAUUAAUAUAAGCAGAUGGACAACGAGAAAGGAUAAGUCUUCUUUUUAUUACUUUUUCUUGAAUUUCUCAUAAGAACGAAUCAAUAAUGUUGUCAGUCUCAUUUUAUGAUAAAUGUGUUCGUUUUUGAGUAAAUUUCAAUCCGAUUGAGCUAAAUAAUCUUUCCAUUGAAGUACUAGUCACUGGUAUGGCAUGUACUGUUCUGGUUACUAUUAAUAAUAAUGGAAAAUCACGACGAGUUUCACUACUAGACCAGAACUUUAUACGUAGGACAUCUUGGGUCUGGAUUCGACAUUUUGCUGGAAGGAUUCGCCCUAAAGAACUCUCCAAGUCUGAUAUCCUACUCUUCAAGUAGAGCUUGAUGAGCUCUAUCCAAUGCAGACGGCUAUUUCCACCAGAUCUCUGACACACUGU